AAAGUUAAUAAUCCACCAAUAACAGGAAAUAGGAGUCAAACUAAAGUCUACAGCACGAAACGCAAAUAUUGCUAUUAGUGUUGAAACAUUCGAUAAGCAUCCUUUCGAUCUCAAAAAGGGAAAUAAAAUGAAUGUUGAGGUUGAGCUGGAAAAAAAUGUCAGACGAUUCAGAGAGAAGUUUCAUGGCAAGGUUGCCAUUGACAAGGCAACAAUACUAAUGAGGCGAUAUCUAAACAACCAUCACAUGGUCACCAUGGAGGUGAUUCUGAUGAAGGAUAGAGACCUGGAUGAUGAAGAUAGACGAUGCCUACACAAAGACCUGGCUGUCAAGAAUGUCGUUGAGAGGCUCACAGCAGAGGAGCGACAACAAGCCCCGCCCCUGGUUCCACCUGCACAGACCCGAGCUGACAGACGACCCAAGGAGGACGAGGACAUAAAGGAACUGGGCCAGCGUUUACAGGUCCUGCCUCUCACGGAGAAGAACAAGCGCAUGUUUGACAACGCUCAGCGGAACCUUACCCCCUCUGCCGUGCACCAGUUUGCCUGUCAGGCCUGCGACAAGGACUGGUGGCGUCGCGUGCCCCUGAGGAAGAGGGUAUCUCGAUGUCAUCUGUGCAAGCAGAAGUACGACCCUGUCCCUCAAAAUAGAAUGUGGGGUAUUGGGCAGUUCAACUGCCUCGUCUGCGCUCGUGUCUUCAGGGGAUUUGGCCGCAUGGAUCUGGGCUCUCCGUGCUACAGGUGCAGAUCUCUGGUGAUCCCGACUGAAAUCCUGCCUCCACUCCAGGGAGGGGUAGGAGAGCCUGGCAAGACACGGAACCCACACAGCUGCCUUGCUGAGGACUGCUACAACAGACAAGAACCCCAUGUCCCAGGGACAGAGUGUGUGCACCCACGAAGUCGCCAGGUCAACAGGAAGCCCAGGGUGGUGAACCCGAGCCCUUCCCACGACAGCUCCGGAUCCACGGUCAAUACGUGUCUUAGCCAGGGCAGCCUGGACAACCUGUACGACCUCAUCAUGGACGACAUCAAGGAGGAGAGCAACGACGAGAGCCGAGGAGGCCGCUCUCAUGGCAGUGGCAGCAACAGCAGCUGAAGCAGAUCUUAUUGAUCUGAUCUGAUUGAUCUUAUUGAUCCCAGAGGUGCCCUGUGUUUCAAUUGGUUCGAGGGGAAACCAAUGCUAUCUCCUUCUCAACCAUUGACCUAAAAGCUGAAAAUCCUAAACAUUUUAUUGCUUGACUUUCCUUUUGGUGUCAAAUCAAAAGGAAAACGCGACAAUCAAUUUUGUCCAAUGAUGGGAAAUACCGUCCCUUUUAACUUAAGUGAUUCUUUUUUCAUUGUGCUGCUUCUAUAAACUAGUACAUCUGAAUGUCUUCACAAUGCCUCACUCACCCAAAGUUUAAAAUCAACGUUGUGUUCAACCAACAGUCGUGCCUAAGGUUCCAGAAGUGUUGUUCGGUACACAUGGUCUCGUACGUUGUCAUGUGAGAGAAUCAGAACUGAUCUUUCGUGAGAUCGUGUUGUACUUUCCCAUAGUCCUGCACUAACAGAAAGUACAUGUUCAACUGUUCCAGCCGUAUUCUGUCAGCCCUGCUCAAGUUUCUUUCCACAUUCAUUUUAAUUUGAAGCUUAACAACAUUCAUUAAAAGCUUUCUUUUCGGUUGUGAAUUACA